AGAGCCCUCUACAGGGACGUCAUGCAGGAGAACCAUGAGACAGUGACCUCGCUGGGAUUCCCCGUUCCCAAACCUGACCUGAUCUCCCAUCUGGAACGAGGGGAAGAGCCGUGGAUCCCAGAUCUCCAGGCCUCUGAGGAAAGUGUGAGCCCGAGAGUCACCUACACAGCAGGUGAUAGGACAGUGAGUGAGAACAAGGAGGAGAAUCAGCAGCAGGAAGGUCCUGAGCAAGUGGAACCGCAGGAGAGGUUUUUGAGCAGAGCUGAAGGGAAUUUUUCCCAGUGCUUGGAACAGGGAGAAGCCUGGGGAGAUCAACACGGAUCAGAGAUGCAGCUGGGAAACUAUCCCAGGAAGAAACUGGAUGAAUCCUCUGAAUGUGAUGGAGGAUGGAAGGAUCUCAAGGAAACCACCAUCCAGAAGACAAGUCACAAUGAAGAGAAACCCUACAAAUGCCUUGAGUGUGGGAAAAGAUUCCAUUUCAGUGCAAACCUUCUUACACAUCGGAGAAUCCACACAGGAGAGAAGGCCUACGAAUGCUUGGACUGUGGGAAAAGCUUCGUACACAAGUCCAGGCUUAUUGUACACCAGAGAGUACACACAGGAGAGAGACCCCAUAAAUGCUUUGACUGUGGGAAAAGCUUCAUACAGAAGUCAAGGCUUACUGUACACCAGAGAGUACACACAGGAGAGAGACCCUAUAUAUGCCGUGAGUGUGGGAAAGGUUUUAUUCAGGGCUCAGGGCUUAUUAGACAUGAGAUCAUCCACACAGGAGAGAGACCCUUUAAAUGCCAUGAGUGUGGGGAAAGUUUUAUUCAGGGCUCAGGGCUUAUUAGACAUCAGCGAAUCCACACAGGAGAGAGACCUUAUAAAUGCUUUGUGUGUGGGAAAGGUUUUAUUCAAAAUGCAGCACUUAUUGAACAUGAGAGAACUCACACUGGAGAGCGACCCUAUGAAUGCCUCGAGUGCGGGAAAAGUUUCAGUUUGAAAUCAGCCCUUAAUGCACAUUGGAAAACCCACACAGGAGAGAGACCCUAUAAAUGCCUUGAGUGUGGGAAAUGUUUUAGUGAGAGCACAGGACUUCUUAGACAUAGGAGACUCCACACAGGAGAAAGACCCUAUGAAUGCCAGGAGUGUGGGAAAAGUUUCAAUGUGAAAUCAACCCUUAAUCUACAUCAGAAAAUGCACACAGGAGAGAGACCCCAUAAAUGCUUGGACUGUGGGGAAAGCUUCAUUCAGAAGUCAAAGCUUAGUGAACACCAGAGAGAACAUCAUGGAGAGAGACCAUAUAAAUGCCUCGACUGUGGGGAAAGUUUCCCUGACAGAAGAAAACUUACUAGACAUCAGAGAAUCCACAGAGGCGAGAGGCCCCAUAAGUGCUUUGACUGUGGGAAAAGCUUCAUACACAAGUGCAGGCUUAUUUUGCACCAGAAGAGAGUGCACAUGGGAGAGAAACCCUUUAAAUGCCACGAGUGUGGGAAAGGUUUUAGUCAGAGUGAUCAUCUUAUUACACAUCAGCGAACCCACACAGGAGAGAGACCCUAUGGAUGCCUUGAGUGUGGGAAAACUUUCCGUUACCGCUCAAAUCUUACUAGACAUGGGAAAAUCCACACCAGAAAGAUGCAUUAUAAAUGCCUCGACUGUGGGGAAAGCUUCAGUAAGAGCUCAGCACUGACCAAGCAUGAGAGAAGCCACAAGGGUGAGAGUCGCUAGGAAUCGCUUGACUGCAGGAAAAGAUUCAAUUUGACUUGACACUUCAGUGACCCACACAACAGCGAGACUUUGAAUGUGGGGGAAGGUUAAUUUGAUGCUCCCGGAGUAUCAGGCAUCUGCAAAUCCACACAGGGAAGAAACCUCUGAGAUGUUCUUAGUGUGGGACAUGGUCCAAGGGGAGCAAACAUAAUAUUGGACGUCAGAGACUCCUCCACACAGCAGGGAAAUUCUCUCAGGGCCCUGACUGGGGCCAGUCAUGGUGACAAACCCAUUUCCUCAUUCCCACACACACCAGGGGUGUUUGGCUGCCAAGGAUCCAGCUGCCCAUCGCUGGGGGGAGGAUCCAGCAGCAGCCGAGCAGCAGUUGGUCAGGGACCCUCUGGCUCUGCCUGGUCUCAGCAAACCUCGGGCAGAGGAGGAGAAGCCCCCAUCAGCCCCUUUCCCCUGCUGCAGCCCUGGCUGCUGAGCUGAUGGGCCACAGGUGGGGGAAGUGAGAGAGAGAAACUCCUCCAGCCGCUCCCUCUGUCUGGCUGAAGUCCCCCACUCCCUUCCCCUCCCAGCCGGGAUCCCCCUGCCAUGGAGAUGAGGAGAAGGACACUAAGGCCAGGCCCCACCUUCACUCUACACACUGGUCCCCACCCCCCAUCUUCCACCAGCCCCCAGGCUGGGCUCCCCCACUGACCUGGAGCUGUUUCCUCUAUGGGGAGUGUCUCUGGGGGCUGGUAACUCCUCCCCUCCCCGAAUUCCCCAGGGCGCUGGGCUCUGGGGGAUCCACCAUUAAGGGACCAGGGUGAUGGGUUCUGGGGAGGACACUGGGGGUUGAAUGGCUGGGGCUGGAGUAGCUGGGAAGCAGGGGGAGCUGGGUGCUGGGCUAUCGAGUGUUUGGGGAUGAUGGGAUAAGAGGCAAGGGAGAGCACAGGGGUAGAGAGGUGCUGCCUCAUCUCUCACCUCCUGUGCCCCUUCUCCCUGCCCCCCCUGCAUUCAGCCAGCACCAUUAGCAGAGACUGAUUCCCACAGGGCCUUUAGUUGGCAGUCUGGAUUUCCCACCUCUGCUACAGCAGCAUCAGCCUGUGAGAGGGAAGCAGUGUUGCCUAAUGGAUAGAGCACUGGCCUGGGACUCAGGAGACCUAAGCUCUGUUCCCAAAGCUGCCAGCAACUUCUAGGGUGACCCGAGACAAAUCUGUGCCUUCCAGAGAGGGAAUAAAUGGGGAGUGAUAA